AGUCCUAUCCUGCACACCUGGUUCUCCUUCGUCGAUCGGUUUUACCGCGGCAAAGGUGUACUACGCACUCUGAAGAUGGUAGCCACUGACCAGUUAGUAAUGGCCCCGGUCACGAUCUGUUGCAUCAUUGGAUUGGUUGGAUUCACCCGAAAUUGGGAUGUGAAGGAGGCCAAGCAAUCCAUCUCCUCAUCCUAUGUGGAUACCGUACUGACUAACUACAAGAUUUGGCCCGCAACGCAGUUCAUCAACUUCUCGUUUGUGCCACUGCACUUGAGGUUGUUUGUGGUCAACUUUUUUGCCCUCUUCUGGAAUAUUUAUCUCUCUAACGUCACCAGAAGUCAGGCGAAGGAGGACGUUGCCGUCUCUCCUUUCUCCACCUCCGAGAUGCGCUGA